AUGACCGUGUUUGCACAAAAUAAUGACAUUGGCUUUGACGACGUAUCGCGAGGCAGGGUCUUGUUGUACUCUGUCGAGGGUCUACGACAAGCGAGGGUCUGCAACAUCCCGAUUCCCCGAGCAGCUAGGGAAAAAGUUUGCGAUGAGCAGACGAAAUGCAGCCGAGGUGAGGAACGCUGGACGAUUGUGUGGAAGGCGUUUGAAUUAGCCACAGACUUUGCAUGGGUGGCAGAGCACUACACCGUCUUUUCCAUGCCAAACUGCAAGAUCGCCUGUAUAACAUUCCUCAACUCGCUCAGGACCUUCCCUCCCUGUUUACUCAUGGGACCGUUCCCAAGUAACGCGUCCAUUCUAGUAUCUCUCAAGAGUUCGGAGUUCAAGAUGCAUCUUAAACCGAGACCGGUGUUGCGAAGUAAGGAUGGCGACGCAUUUGUUGACCCGGACUCCACGCUGUUCUUGUUGUUCCUGCUGCUAUCGUAUCUCCCAGACGAAAUAUGGUGGCAAAUCAUCGAACUCUUACUCACCGAAGAGGUACAAAGAUUGUACAGUGUCAAUCGCCCAUUUCUUGAAGCAGCCUUCCAACAACGCUACCGUUUCGUUGAUAUGAACAAGCCUCUUGAUAAACGAAGGUUUCGUGACCUUGAACGUCACCUAAAGGAUGAAAGACUCGCCAAGUAUAUUCGAGUGAUCCACCUAUGUCCCACAAUUGUUGGAGAUUUUCUUAACCUUGACAUCCAUGGCCGAAGCAAAUGGAAAAGAGUCUUCUUCGAUGUGCUUCAAAAGGUGAACCCUAUGCAACCCAAGCAGAUGAAUCUUAGGCGACAGGGGCCUUCCUUUACAGGAAUUCGUGUUCAACCUGGUGCCCAAACUCAAUUUGAUCGCAAGAUUUUAUCUAAUCUUGUCUCCCUCACACAACUGGAGGUUGAGUGCAACCAUUUCGAGUUCAGCGGUUCAGCUGGAUACGUCCCACUCGUUGGAUUCCUUUCAGCAGGUUGGGGUUCUUUCGGCCAAAACUUACAAGUUCUCAAAUUGAAGAUGCCUUUGCUGGUUAUCCAUGACAUUGUUAGUGGUUACCACACCACUCUCAAACUUCGAGCUUUACAAAAACUUUCACUGGAAGUUUGUUUACCUCGCCCACCCCUCGCAAAUGACCUCCCUGAAGGAGAUGUAACAGGACUGACCACUCUCAUCAACAACCAUUCUAAUACCCUGCAGGCUCUCACCCUCCGCUCCUUGUAUUCCGAGCACUCCCUGGAUCUUUCCUUGAGAUAUCUCAGUCAUUUGCCAUCUCUAGACAGUUUCUCAAUUUCUAUUGACAAGACAACGGAUUGUUCGGCGCUCCAUGAUUUUCUGUCAUCGCAUUCACGCCAACUCAAGAACUUGGAAAUAUGGCUGGAGCAGGGCUCUCCCUACCUCAAAAUCCCAGCAGGUUACUGGUAUCAAUUCCCUUGUUUUCAUGUGGAAUUACCGGGACUACGUAGCCUAUCCCUGGAUGCCUCUUGCUCCGUUCAUUAUUUUGAAACCGCCGCUGCGGUGGACUACGUUCUGCGGAAUGCCGAAUUGGCUACCUUACGGUUCACGGCACGAUGUCGUUCGUUUGCCGACAACGAUUUGUUCAACGGAAAAUUUGCGGUGGGAUCAAAUCUCCGAAAGUUGCAUAUCUUCACAAACUAUCUCAACCCCGACCUCCUUCGGUUUCUAUCAACCACAUUACCGGAUCUUCAAGAUCUUACUGUUAAAUACCACUAUCUCCUUCCACAAGGAAUGUCGGAGAUUUACCUGCGCGGUGAACUUGUUGCAGAAGAGGACAGCCCUGGCGACGGCGUUCCCCAACAUCCAGACAUUUAA